CACCUGCCAUUGUACUCCAUGGGUGCGCUACCACAGACAGCCGCAGCAAGCAACGGCGAUGGCAAGCCAAGGCCACACGUGCUCGUCGUGCCGUACCCAGCCCAGGGCCACCUGCUGCCGCUCCUCGACCUGGUGGUUCUUCUUGCCCGACGGGGGCUCGCCGUCACCGUCGCCGUCACGCCAGGCAACGUCCGGUUCCUUGCCACAUUGCCGUCGUCGGUCGCCACCGUCGUGCUGCCGUUCCCGUCCACACCCUUGCUGCCGGCCGGAUGCGGCGAGAACACCAAUCACCUCCCGGCGGACCUCUUCCGGCCGCUCAUGGCGUCCCUGGUGGCCCUCUCCGCGCCGCUCCUCUCCUGGUGCAAGGCCCAGCCCCACGCCGUCACGGCCAUUAUAGCCGAUCUGUUCAUGGGGUGGACGCUUCCGCUCGCCCAGGAUCUCGGCGUGCCGCAUGUGGCGUUCUUGCCCGCCAGCGUCCACUACCUCGCCACCACUCGCUCACUCUGGCGUCGCAUGCCGACGGGGCACGACGGCGACGAGAGGGUCGUCCAUUUCCCGGAGCUUCCCGGCUCGCCUGCCUUCCCGUGGCACCGCCUGUCGUGGCUGUACCGGAUGCAUGUGGCCGGCGAUGAGGUGUCGGAGACGAUCCGGCAGAUCCUUCUGUGGAGCCUGGAGAGCUCCUAUUCCGUGGUCAACUCGUUCGCGGCGCUCGAGCCCAGCUGCUUCGAGGACGCGAUGGCGGCGAAGCGGGUGUUCAUGGUGGGCCCGCUGUCGGAAGCCGCCGCGGUGCGCGGCAGCAAGGAACCCACGGAGGUGACCGCGUGGCUGGACGCGUUCGACGACGGCUCCGUAUACAUCAGCUUCGGAUCGCAGGAGGUGCUGUCACCGGCGCAGGCGGCGAGCGUCGCCGACGCUCUGAGGCUGAGCUCCACCGCCGCGUUCGUCUGGGUUGUGAGGAGCAACACCGUGGUGCCGGAGGGGUUCGAGGCGGCCACGGCCUCCCGCGGGACGGUGAUCCGGGGGUGGGCACCGCAGCUGGACAUCCUGCGCCACCGCGCCGUGGGGUGGUCCCUGACGCAAUGCGGCGGGAGCUCGGUGAUGGAGAUGGCCGCCGCAGGUGUGGCCAUGCUUACGUGGCCGAUGUCCGCCGACCAGUUCACCAACGCGUGGCUGCUCGAGGAGGCCGGCGUGGCCGUGCCGGUGGCGGAGGGCGCCGACGCCGUGCCAGACGCCGGGAAGGUGGCGAACGCCAUCUCCACCGCUGUCGCGUCAGAAGAGGGGGAGUCCAUAAGGAGGCGCGCGGCCGAGCUCGGCCGGAAGGCGGCCGCUGCGGUGGCGGCGGGCGGAACGUCCUACAGUGACUUGGAAGAGUUGGUGCAUGAGGUGCUUAGUGAUGUCCACGUGGUUGCUUCAUGAUCGGCUCAAGAGUUUGCUUCACAAUACUCUAGUAUCUACUUUUUUUUAAACCGAUAGCAUCUAUCCUGACUUCAAAUAAGGAUUGUACGUUUUCGUGUUGCUACGAAAUAAGUUUCUAGGUGAGACUUUUCCUAGAUAGAUUCGCCCUGA